AUGCUAAGCACAGGUAGAGUACUUCUUCGCCAAUCGGCGACGAUCCCACGGCUGUUCCUAAGGGCACAGUCGACGAACAGCUUGAACAAGUUGGAAUUGCCCUUCAAAUACAGCAACAGCGGUCCCUCACAGGUGAAGUACACGAAGGACCACGAGUGGGUGUCCUUGCAUGAGGACGGUACCGCGUUUUUGGGGAUCACCAAGUACGCCGCGGACGCUUUGGGAGACGCGACAUACGUGGAAUUGCCCGAAACAGGCCGGGAAGUCGAGGUUGAGGAAUCUGUGGGGUCUGUUGAGUCUGUGAAAUCGGCCUCUGAGGUGUACAUGCCGUUGGCCGGCACUGUGAAGGAGGUGAACACCGCCUUGGAGGAGUCCCCGCAACUGAUCAACGAGGACCCACUCGGGAAGGGCUGGAUGGUUCAGUUUGAGUACGAGCUCGAGAAGAGCAAAGCGGCCAUCGAUGGAUUGUACACUUUGGAACAGUACGAGAAGUUCCUAAAGGAGUAA